AUGGAGGUGGCGGGGUGGGAGGACAAGGACGCGUUGUUAGACAGCGCGUGGAUGGACGCCGCCACCAAGGACGACGAACCCGAAGACGACGGACCCAGCGCUGACGACUUCCGUCGCUCUCGGACGUUUACGUCGUCCAUACUUUCCCGAAUCACCGCGUCAACACCUGGGAGAGGCGAGUCGAGCAGAGCGACUCCGCGCGGAGCCAGCGACGGUAAGGCGGCGUCUAGCGGCGGCAGCUCCAAGGACGGCCCGAAGCCGCCCAAAUGGCUCAACUUCCGGGGCUCCGCGAGCAAGGGGGCUUCCGACGACAGCAGCAAGGCGGCGGCCACUCCAAGUGCGAAUCGGACCGCACCCUCGAGAUCUUCGGACGCCAAUUGGUCCGACAAGCAGUUGUCGCCUCCGGCAGACACGUCUGCAGCUGACGAGCCGUCAAUGGACGAUCUUCGUCGAUCCGUUACCGUGUCCGCCGUUGAUAGAAGCUCGUUGCGCCGGCAGCACAAGGAGAUGGGCACCCUCCGCGCGACUGCCGAGGUUGCGAACAAGAAGGCGGGCGCGCAUGGCGGCAGGAGCAGCGCCUCCACCGGCGUCGGUAGCGGAUUGGAUGCACAGGGUGCUCAACCCAACCCGGGAAACGCGGGCGGGCUUGCACGGACGCGAUCCGGCGGAAGCGCGACAUCGGUGGUGUCGCGACCUCCCGCCCCCGCGUCGGCCGCUAAAGUCGCCUUCUUCUCGUUCAAUAAACACCGCGAGGCCGUCGCGGGCGCGGAACAAGCGGAGCAGCUGACGCUUUCCGCGGAUGAGCAGAGGGCGCGCGGACAAACGGGAGAAGCCGUCGUGCGGAGAGGCUAUGGGCGGCGGGCGCAGAGCAUUGGCGGAAUGGCUGGGGAGCUGCGCGGAAGAGGAGGCAUUCCGGAUGGCGGGAGGGCCGCAUUGGGAGGCCCGGUUCGGGCCAGCUUGGGAAGUCAUCAUCGGGCCCCUGUGGUGCUGCACCUGGCGCUGCUUUAUCCACUCUCCCUCGCCUCUGCCCUCCUCCGAAUUCUCCCUCCCGUCCCACUCCCCCCCGCCUCCCCUUCCCCCAGGAGUCGCAGUGUGGGCAACGCUCAGAGCGACGCGGGCAGCCAUGGUCUCUCGCCGUUGCACCCGUCCGCCUCGCGCCUCUCCGCCGACCCCGACCGCCCCGCCUCCCCCCAGCUCAUGCGCCGCCCCCGCGGCCACUCCGCCUCGAUGCUGCCCCCCACAAUGCGCACCUCCACGCCUCCCCGCGCGCCCGACCCAGGCGAGCGCCCCGGCUCGUCCCUGUCCGAACGAGGGAGUGGGCCUACUGGCAGGCGUAAGGGUGGCGUGUCUCGGAGAAAGGAAGGGGGGGGAUCAGUAGGAGGCUCGGAAAGAACCGGGUCGCCCCUUUCACGAGGAGCUUAUAGCUGGUACGCAGCUGACGAUGCGCCAGGGGGUGUUGCAAGCGCGGGGCUCGUGGGUGGUACGGGGGAAGGCGAAUACGAGCAGUACCAGCAGCGGGGGAGCAGAGGGCGCGGGAUGGGCGCAGGCGGAGGGGCGCAAGGGGGAAGGCACGGGCGGCAGAAAUCAAGCAGCAGCAGUGGAGGGGGUGAGGGGGAGGGCGUGCGAGGGGGGAUGGGCGGAGGUGGGCGCGUAGAGGGGGGAGCGAGUGCGGGGAGGAUGGGGAGGGGAAGCGUGGCAGUGAGGGGAGUUGCGGGUGGGGGGGUGGCUGCGAGUGGCGGGAGAGGAGGGGCGGGCGGGCAUGUGCACGGGUAUGGCAGAGGAGGGGCGGCGAUUGAAGGGGGGGAGGAUGAGGGGUAUGGGGAGGGAGGGGUGUGGGAGGAGGAAUUUGAUAGUGGGAAGGGGGUGGGGGGGCUGGUGGGUGCUGAGGAGCAGCAGCAGCAGCAGUGGCAGCAGCAGCAGCAGUGGCAGGGGCAGGGGCAGGGGCAGGGGCAGCAGCAGUGGCAGGGGCAGCACAUGCAGGCGCAGCAAGGGCAUGCGGAUGGGUAUUCAAGCGGAUACGUGGAUGAAGAGAGGUACUUGAGCGAGCAAGGGGAGGAGGAGCAGCAGGAGCAGGAGGGAGGCGACGAUUGGUAUGAGGGAGGGAGAGGGGGGGAUCCUGGGGCGUACGAGGGGCAAGGGGCGUGCGGUGAGGGCGUGUACGAGGAGGGCGCGUAUGGCGGCGACCAGGGCUAUGAUGAGCAGGUUGGGGGGACGCAGGGUUAUGGCAGGCAGGCAGGGUAUGAAGCAGGGUACGGCGAGGCAGGGUACAGUGAGGCAGGGCGUGCCGGGCAGGGGUAUGGGCGGCACACACAGCGGAGCGGAGGGCACAAUGAGUAUGGCGAGGCAGGGUAUGGGGAGCAGGGGCAUGUGGCGCAGGGGUAUCAUGAGACAGAGUAUAACGAGCAGGGGGAGCAGGGGCAGGAGGGGCAGGGAUACGAGGAGGAAGGGUACUAUGAGGAGCAAGGCAGUGGUGGGGGCGGGGGGUACAGCGAAGGGCGAGGUGGGCAGUACCCAGUGCAGGUGCAAGCUGGGCGGCAGCAGUACCAGCAGCAGCGGCAGCAGGCUCCACAGCAGCAAGAGUAUUCCGUGCAGCAGCAAGGGUAUUCCCAGCAGCACCAGCAGGCGCAGCAGCAGGGUGCUGGGAGGUCGUCAAGAAAGGGGUCAGUGGGAGCAGCAGGUGCAGUGGGGGCAGGGGGGGGAGCAGAGAUGGGCGGCGGGGGCACGGCAGGCGCCUCUGCGGCCAGAGGCAGGGCCUCCAAGCACCAGCCCCCGCAGUCGCAUCAGCAGCUGGCAAAUCGGCGCCCGCCAAGUGGAGGGGCGAAGGGUGCUGGUGUGUCUCGCAGUCGAGGAGGUGCAGGAGGUGGGGGAGGGUACUGA